AUGGAAUCUCCCCUACCCGACCUCGUAUACCGAGGAAAGGUCAGGGACACCCACGAUCUCGGCGACGAGUACCUCAUGGUUGCCACCGACAGGAUUUCGGCCUUCGACGUCGUGAUGCCGAACGGCAUACCCGACAAGGGCGCCGUGCUCUCGCAGAUUUCGGCCUUCUGGUUCGGCAAAACUGAGCACGUGGUGCCCAACCACUUCAUCGACAUGGGAAGCGGUCGGCAGGAACUGGCGCUGUCAAACGACAUGCAGCGCCGUUCAAUGAUCGUGAAGAAGGCCGAACGCAUCGACGUCGAGUGCAUCGUGAGGGGCUACAUCACCGGCUCGGCGUGGAGCGAAUACCGCAAGACCGGCACCGUUCAGGACAAGCCGAUUCAGCAAGGGCUUGUCGAGGGCGACAAGUUCCCGGAGCCGCUCUUCACGCCGACGACCAAGGCGGAGGUCGGCCACGACGAGAACAUGAGCUACGACGAGGUAGUCGACAUGGUCGGCGCGGACACCGCCGGUCGGCUGCGGGAUACGGCGAUUGAGGUCUUCAACUUCGCGCACGACUUCGCCAUCGAGCACGGGAUCAUCCUGGCCGAUACCAAGAUGGAGUUCGGCUUCAUCGACGGGGAACUGUCGCUCAUCGACGAGCUGCUCACGCCCGAUUCCAGCCGAUUUUGGGAUGUCGAGGGGUACGCGCCCGGCAAGUCGCAGCCCAAUUCGACAAGCAGUUCGUCCGCGACUACCUGGACUCGGUCGGCUGGGACCACGAACCUCCCGCCCCUGCCCUGCCGGACGACAUCGUCGCCAAGACCCGCGAGCGCUAUCUCGAAGCCUUCAACCGGCUGA